AUGGAUAGGACCCAUGUGAGCCUUGACGAAGAGGGAAAGAAGAUCAAGAGCGAGGGCUUCGUUCGUGAGGAGCCCUCAAAUGGGCUCCUGCGGCCUCCCAAGAGCUACACAUGCAGGUUCUGCAAGGGGAUAUAUAGAUCUGCUCAAGCUCUCGGGGGUCACAUGAACGUCCACAGGUGGGAGAGAGCCAGGCUGAAGCAGCUGUCCUCAUGGAUCGUUGAGCAUCAUCCUCCUCCUCCUAACCCUAACCCUAAGAUUGACGUGGCUAGCUCUUCUCAGGGCUCUCAGUCUCAGUCUCAGCUCAACCCUACCCUCUUGCCACCUGCACCACCAUCAUCUCCUUCGGUGAACAAGCCCUUCUCAUGCGCUUCCCCUCCUUCGUUGUCCUCGGAUCUUGAUUACAAGGAGCGCAAGAAGUCGGUUGACAUCUCAGCCAAUGAUGGACUGCCUAGUGGUUUUCGAGACCGGAGAGUGAAGAUGCGCGGAAGAAGCGAAGCAGGAGAUCGACAGGUGUUGCUGGAGUGGAAGAAGAAGCAAAGGCCAUCCUAG